GCGCAUGCAACCAGGGUCGGCUCCCGGUGCCCCCAGCGCUGCCAUGGCGGCGCCGGGUCCCAGCGUCUUCCUACUCAUGGUCAACGGGCAGGUGGAGAGCGCCCAGUUUCCAGAGUAUGACGACCUCUACUGCAAGUACUGUUUCGUGUACGGGCAGGACUGGGCUCCCACGGCGGGUUUGGAGGAGGGGAUCUCGCAGAUCACAUCCAAAAGCCAAGAUGUGCGGCGAGCGCUGGUGUGGAACUUCCCCAUCGAUGUCACCUUUAAAAGCACCAACCCCUAUGGCUGGCCGCAGAUCGUGCUCAGCGUGUAUGGACCAGACGUGUUCGGCAAUGAUGUGGUCCGCGGCUAUGGGGUGGUGCACGUGCCCUUCUCACCCGGCCGGCACAAAAGGACCAUCCCCAUGUUUGUCCCAGAAUCUACAUCUAAACUGCAGAAGUUUACAAGCUGGUUCAUGGGACGGAGGCCCGAGUACACAGACCCCAAGGUGGUGGCUCAGGGUGAAGGCCGGGAAGUGACCCGGGUCCGCUCCCAGGGCUUCGUCACCCUCCUCUUCAACGUAGUCACCAAGGACAUGAGGAAGCUGGGCUAUGACACAGGGCCUGUGGAUUCACAGGGCAUCUCGGUGCCCACCCCACCCCAGAGUGUCCUGUGGUGAGGGCCUCCACUGCUGCUCCGCCUGGCAUUGCAGGCCCAGCAGCUCUCUUUGCUGUUGCCCCUUUGAAGAGUGGACCAGAGGCACAACCUUGAGGAAAACGUUUUUAUAUAAUAAAGUGUCACACUUCCAGAGACCCAACCCUGGAGCUUCUCACCCUUUAGCACCUCCUCCGUCAGCCAUGGCAGCCUUUCCUGACCGCCUGGAGACCUUCAAAUGCUCACCCCUGGCGGGCCUGAGGAAGUGCCCAAAGCCCACCAGGUC